AUGAAGACUACCAAAUUACUAGAUGGCCACGGAAGUCUUUACAAAGAAGUACGCUUCUCUCCGACCGAAACCCCUAUCCGUCGCACAAAAUCCGUUUCAGCCACAUUUCCUCCUGUCAUUUCAGGCUACGGCCGAACCGCAUUCCAAAACUCGGUUUUGGUGGAUUCGUUCGCCAUGGAUACUUCCUAUAUCGACCAAUCGCGGGCGCUUCUCCAGAGCCAACGGGUGAACUUUGAGACGGAGAGGGAAUUGUUCGCGCAGGAGCGACAGUUGUGGGAAAAAGAGCGGGCGGUAUUACGAUCGAAAAUUGCCGAGCUGGAGGGGUUAGUGAGGGCUCCAGGGAACAGAUCAAAUCAAAUGGGAUCGGAAGCGUCCAAACUUGUGCUUGCAGGUGGAAUAUCGCAGUAUAGCACAAAUGGCUUCGCAGCUCAGGUGUGGGAGGGGAAAAGUCUAAGCAAUCGACCAACAAGGGUGUUCUUCGAUCAUGGAUCUCCAGACCAAAGCUAUCUAUCGCCAAUCUCUGAAAGUGGGAAUCCACCAUCCCUUGAUCGGGCCCUUUCACCCCAGUCGCGACAAGUAGACCCUUCUGGCGCGCCGAGUCAGCCGGUGCCGAUCGAAAAGCUCGACAGCACCUUGGAUGGCAUCACGCUCAAGUCCACGGCGCUGCCACCGGCCGUGGUGGCUCGAGUCAUCACCCCGCCCUCCCCGUCGCCCCUGGUAACCCCCCCUUCAACUGCCCCUUCAACUGCUGCAAGGCCUGCCAUCGAACAUCGAAACAGUCUCAAAUUGAAGCUGUCAGAGCUCGGCCCGCCCAAUGAGAACUUGCUCCGCCAUGCAGGUCACACCCCAAUGGCAAUCAUCGACGCUGAUGAUAGUCGGCGGUCCACGCAGGAGGGGACUCCCCUCGAGGUUGCCUGCCAGAUGGAGGAGGCUCCUUUUGCACCCGUGGCAACGAACGUCCAUCAACCUUCCGAAAAUGAAAUCUCCUACUUUCCGGAUGUGCCAGAGGACCCCGCUCUCAAGGGACCCCUCGGUCUGACUAAUGACGAGGAGCACGACUCCAAUUUUUUGAAUGAACUGGAUCAGAAACUCCUUGAUCAAGCGAAACAUAUUCUAGGCAGCUCGGUUGAAUCGGCAGAUCCUAAUGAGACUGAUUCUGAGUCUGAGUUCCCUCGCGAAGAGGAAGAACCUGAAAUCAAAUUCAAGAAAUCAACUAAUUUUGGCACUGCAUUUGGAAUAUCGAACUCGAGUCAUGUCUAA